AUCCUGAGCGAGAACAUGGCGUCAGACUACCAGACUCAGUCCUCUAAACCGCAGCCUCUCAAUCCCAAGAUUGUCAUCUUUGAGCAGGAAAACUUCCAGGGCCGCUCCCAUGAGCUGAGUGGGCCAUGUUCCAAUCUAAAGGAGACUGGGAUGGAGAAGGCGGCCUCCAUUCUUGUGCAGUCAGGACCCUGGGUCGGGUACGAACAGGCCAAUUGCAAAGGAGAGCAGUUUGUGUUUGAGAAAGGUGAGUACCCUCGAUGGGACUCUUGGACCAACAGCCGCCGGACUGAUGCACUCAGCUCUCUGAGACCCAUCAAAGUGGACAGCCAGGAGCAUAAAAUCAUCCUUUAUGAAAAUCCUAACUUUACUGGGAAGAAGAUUGAGAUCAUUGAUGACGAUGUGCCCAGUUUCCAUGCCCAUGGCUACCAGGAGAAAGUAUCAUCUGUGAGGGUACAGAGUGGAACGUGGGUGGGCUACCAAUAUCCAGGUUAUCGAGGCUUCCAGUACCUAUUUGAGAAGGGGGAAUACAAGGACAGCAGUGAUUUUGGGGCUCCCCAUCCCCAGGUUCAGUCUGUCAGGCGCAUACGGGAUAUGCAAUGGCAUCAGCGAGGUGCCUUCCACCCCACCAACUAGAGCCCCAGCACCCCAGAGCCACCAUCAUGCAGGGAUGAGGAUCCACGCUCCUCUCAUCACUCCCAGUCCAGGUCACCCUACUGUCCAAGCAAGUUAAUAAAGUGUGAACGGCAAAUC